CUUUCCCUUUCUCCACUCUCUCUCUCUCUCUCUCUCUCUCUCUCUCCUAGUUGUGCUGUGCCUCCGCUCCAUCGUCUCUUUCACAGUUUCAUCUUCUCUUAGUCCGAUACUCCCAGGAAGAGCUUAAUAAUAGAGUGAGGCAAGAGAGACAGAAGAGGAGAAGAAGGGGAAGGGUAGAGCACACGGCGGCGCGCCUUUUCUUGUUCGCCGUGUCUGGCCUGAGAGGUUCAUGGAUGGGGGUUCUUCCUCCUCCUUUUUCUCCCUGAAAAUUCAAAAAGGUCGCUUCGCUUGGUUCCCACGGCAACAACCCCCACACUACACUUUGAUAGAGAGGAAAGGAUCGAGAUUCCCUCCCACUCAAAGCAUUCUUCUUAAUCCCCCUAAUUUGCUUGCUUAUAUUCACUCUCUAAGUUUGCCGUGAUUGCCACUUUUAAACGCCAAUCGGUCUCUCUCUACAAUUCUGGCGGACCUCAAAGGAACCUUAGCGUUCCUUUCGUCGAUUGUAGCAGGAGAUCAUUUCAAUUUCUUCGAUUUCUUCCAGUUUAAGAGAAAGAGGAGGAGGAGAGGACCUUUCUGCAGCGGCGGCACCAGCAGCAACAACAACAUCAACAAUAAUACCAAGAAGAAGAAGAAGAAUAAGAUGCUGUGGAUUAUUAGAUUCUCUGGCUUCUUCUCUGCUGCAAUGCUCAUGAUCGUUCUCUCUCCGUCUCUCCAAUCCUUCCCUCCCGCCGAAGCCAUCCGAUCCUCUCACCACCACCACCUCGACUACUCUUACCUCCGCCUUCCUCCUCCGGUUCUCCUCUCCGAUUCCGGUUCGAUGGUUGGAGCAGGAGGCCGCCUCAACUUCCGAAAGGCCCCGGCAUUCCGCAAUUCCAAUGAAUGUGCAUCCCCAAGUGCCAAGACCCAAAUCGGGGAUGCGUGCGAUCCCAAUUUGGUACACGUGGCCAUCACUCUGGACGUUGAGUAUCUCCGUGGGUCAAUCGCCGCCGUCCACUCUGUGCUGUAUCACUCGCUGUGCCCGGAGAGUGUCUUCUUCCACUUCCUCGUCUCGGAGACGAAUCUGGAAGCCGUGGUCCAAUCCACUUUCCCGCAGUUGAAGUUUAGGGUCUACUACUUCGACCCACGGAUGGUACGGAGCCUGAUCUCGACGUCGGUGAGGCAAGCGCUGGAGCAGCCGCUCAAUUACGCCCGCAACUACUUGGCGGAUCUGCUGGAGACCUGCGUCGAGCGGGUCAUCUACUUGGACUCUGAUCUCGUCGUCGUCGAUGAUAUUUCCAGGCUCUGGACCACCAGCCUCGGUUCCAGAACCAUCGGGGCGCCCGAGUACUGCCACGCCAACUUCACCAAAUACUUCACCCCCGCUUUCUGGUCGGACAAGCGGCUUUCCGGCACAUUUGAUGGCCGGAAACCCUGUUACUUUAACACCGGCGUCAUGGUCAUAGAUCUGAUAAAGUGGAGGCGGGGCAGGUACACCAAGCGGAUCGAAAAAUGGAUGGAGAUCCAGAAGAACCGCCGGAUCUACGAGCUCGGAUCGCUGCCACCCUUCCUUUUGGUUUUCGCGGGACACGUGGCGCCCAUCGAGCACAGGUGGAAUCAACACGGCUUGGGAGGCGAUAAUGUGAAGGGCAGCUGCCGUGACCUCCAUUCCGGUCCGGUUAGCCUCCUGCAUUGGUCCGGCAGUGGCAAGCCCUGGCUCAGGCUGGACUCCAAGCGGCCCUGCCCGCUCGACGCCCUCUGGUCACCCUACGACUUGUACGGACACACUAAAUGAAAUUGAAGCUCAAGGUCAAAUUAAGGGGUAGUCUAGUCGCCGGUAAAUUCCCUCCAGGUCUUAUUUUGUCACAUCGUUUGCUAUUAUUUUUUUAAUUUCCCGACUGAAUUUGCCAUUGUUUUUUUUGUUUUUUUUUUCCAUUCAUUUUUUAAUUUCUCUUAAUUGUUUUCGUUUUGUGUCGGUUGUCUUGGUCAUCUUCAUCCUUCUUCCUCACUUUAGUGUGACCUGUGACCUACUCAGAUAUUUUUUUCUUCUUUUUUUUUUUCCUGUUAAAUUUUUGUUAAUGAUUAGGUGAUCUGUCACUCUGCUGUUCAGGCAAUUUGUACUCUAUUCUUCUAUUAUUCGUGCCACUGAAAAUAAAAGGAGAAAAACAAAGGGGAUAUUCAAUUUGUUAUUGUA